AUGAUAUUAAUAAUUUUUUUAUUUUUAAUUAGCUCUAAUGAAACGGAAGAAACUGACUUAGAUGAAAUUGUUACUACACACCCUUUUGAGAAUACUAGAAUAAGAACUUUAAAUUUUACUGAAAACACUAUUAGUAAUUUAACAUUAUUUCAAAUUUUAGCAUCUGUAUAUGUAUUUUCUGUUGUAAUAUUUGGUGUGUUUUUAAUAUCAUAUUUUAUUAAAGGGCAGAUGAUAAUGCCUUUUGGAUAUAAACCUCCUAUUUUUAUAUAA